AUGAGAUAUAUAAACUUACUCAUUAAGAAACUCCGGGAAGAGAGUGAAGGUGCAUCGGAUACCUAUAGCGAAGAUGGAAAGUCCGAACGCAGGCCAGAGUGGGCGGUGGUAGAUGUGACAGAAUGGUUCUCCUGGUUUACCUGUGAUGUGAUUGGAGACUUAAUUCUUGGGAGGUCAUUCAAUUGUUUGCAAAAUUUAAAGAUGACCCCGUAUGUCAGAUUUCUUUUCAAGGCGGGGGAGGUGGGAGGUCGAUUUAUUGUGCUGUGGUACUUGGGUCUCAGAAGAGUAGUAUUAGCUCUACUCUACAUGGUUGGAGAAUCUUUUCUACAAGUUCCGGAGGAAACAAGGACGAUGCUGAGGAGCAGAAUGGACACUCCUGGGGGAAGAAAUGACGUGGUUGAGCCUAUGAUCAGAGCCUACCAGCAUGGUGAUCUCACGUUCGACCAUGUGUUUGGUGCUACAAAUAGCUUGAUAACUGCCGAGCCAGAAACUUCGGCUUGGGCUCUGACAGCGUUUGUAUACUGCAUUGCUAACAACCCGGCGUGUCUUGCCAAGCUGGUCAACGAGCUUCAAUCAAAGUUUGACUCAGAAGAUGAAGUCUGUUUGGUUAAAACCGAGAAAUUGGCUUACUUAAAUGCAUGCAUCAAGGAAUCAAUGAGACUAUACCCCUCGGUUGCAGAAGGUUUGCCACGGGUGGUAAUAAAAGGAGGCCGGGUGAUAGCCGGCAGAUAUAUCCCAGAAGGAUCUAUCGUCUCGAUCAGUGUCUAUGCUGCGUCGCAUCUAUGUGAGAAUUUCCGGAAGCCUUUCGAAUUCCAUCCCGAGAGAUUCCUCGGUCAUAAGGAAUUUGCAGAUGACAAACUAGAGGCAUUUCAGCCUUUCUCAGUUGGACCUAGGAGCUGUUCUCUUUUAUGCAAGUAUACAUUUGAUUAUUCCCAAGCUUUUGUGGAAUUUUGA